CGGAAGUGGGUCUCAACUGCUAUAAAGCCUCUCUGUGCCCGUCCGGAGCUGGUAAGGACAGCCUGCCAGAGUCUGGUCUCCUGACACUAUGGGCACACGAUUCCUUCCAGCUCUGUUUCUUGUCCUUCUGGUAUUGGGAUUCGCCCCACGGGCUCUCCUGACACACUCUCCCCCUGCAGAGGUCCAGGGGGCCCAACCGCCCCAGCAAGAUGAGCCGCCUAGCCCGGCCUUCCUCACCCAGGUGCAGGAAUCUCUCUCCAGUUACUGGGAGUCAGCAAAGACAGCCGCCCAGAACCUGUACGAGAAGACAUACCUGCCCGCUGUAGAUGAGAAACUCAGGGACUUGUACAGCAAAAGCACAGCAGCCGUGAGCACUUACACAGGCAUUUUUACUGACCAAGUUCUUUCUGUGCUGAAGGGAGAGGAGUAACAGCUAGACCCCCCAUCAGUGGGCAAGGGGAGAGUCCCCCGUUCCCCUGAUCCCCCAGGUUCGGACUGGGCUGCCCCUUCCCAGUAGCUCUUGCAUCCUCCUCCCAACUCUAGCCUGAAUUCUUUUCAAUAAAAAAUACAGUUCAAGUUGCUUCUCAUGGAUGGCACUGCUUUUCUGAGGACUCAGGGGCCAAGAUGGAGGGGCUGACUCAGUCCAGCCAACAUUUAAUGAGCACCUACUGUAUGUAUAGAGCCCUAACCCAUGGGUCCAUGGGAAUAAAGCAGUGAAUAGUAACAAUAAAUAAUCGUAACAGCAAUUAGAGACUACUCUUUAUUGAAGUCCGGCUUUCUCUUUUUUU